UUGACUUGACCAUAUGAUGCGAUUACGAGGUUGAUGACGUUUCGCGCACGAAUGGGACGUUAGGACAGGUAGCUAGGCCUAUGGAUAGACCACUUCGAUAGCUUGAAAAGUAUAGUACGGCUUCCAAUGAGCGAUGGCGGCUGCAACCACGAAAGGUGUGCGUAAGCUUGAGAGGCCGCGGCCUUUGCGUUCAUUACUGUCUCCAGUAGGCGACCCGAACAGCUGUGGGACGCCCUUGUUCACUCCUUCCGGAGGCGUCGGUGUUGUGCGUGCUUCGACAGACAUGCUCGUUCCAGUGGAGACGCUUUGUGCUUCUCUCGGCGAUGGGAACCGCGAUGCUCAGACACUGUCCCAAAUUGCCGGCGUCUGUAAGCUCUUGAAGGUCAAGGGCGCCGACAUGGACCGCGAUUUCGAGGGAAUGCUGGAUCGUUGCUUCUCAAUCUUUCGCAACGCGUCUCGGGACGACGAACUGAGUGCCCUCGAUCGGUUGAGACUCCUCGAAGUGAUAGAACUGCGCGCCAUGGCCUGGAAGGGCGACGAAGAGCUUGUCGAGUACUACACUCGCAAAUACACAGAGUUCAACGCCGAGUGCGACGCGCUCGACGACGCUUCGUCGAUGGAACAGGCGCGCGCGUUCCAACAGGUGCAGUCGAGUGAGCAGCGUCCACAAAUGGAAACUGGCAAGCCGGGGACAACCACAUGCCUAGGUGGUGGACAACCCAAGGCGCCUUCGACUGCGGCUGAUGACGAGACCGGGAAAUGGGAAAGGAGCCUCCCCGUUGGCACGCAGUCGCUUCACAUCAGCGGAAUGAACGAGGCCAUCGUGAAUGUGGCCACAUCGGUAUUGCAGACCUUCUUUUCCAACGUGAAUGCAGACGCGUUUUGCCACACGAACCAAACGCCGUCUUGCGUGCCCUCUAAGCCAGCUGAGGCACUCGCGGGACAAGCGGUGGCUAAGCCAGUAAAUGGCACAUCUGGCAUCGCCAAUGGAUCUGAGAAUAAGCGAUUUGUUCGACUUGAAAGCCGAACAGAAUGCACCAGCACUGGCAAACAAGUGCCCCCAAAGGACCUCAAGUCAGCUUGGGCCAGUAAUGAAAGACAUAGCCAAGACAGGUGCUCUGACGGACUCGGAAGCUCGGCGCAGAUACCAGGACGUGUUGACAAGGAGCAUGCGCCUUCGACUGGCUUCAAGACAUUGGACACUGCCAGCAAACUUGGCCCGCUCGAGCACUUAAAGGGUCUUGGGAAUCCUGCACAGUUUUCAAGCGGUGAUGACGGCCGACAAUUCUCAGCUGGCUUCGUUGCAUUGGGUAGUACCGGGACACACACUCAAUUGGGACAGUGUGGUAGACUUACAGGUUCGGCGCAGUUUUCAAGCGACACAGAAAACCAGAAGUUGGAUCCCUCGGGAGACUUCAAGGGAUUGGCCAGUGGCGAUGCAACUGACAAAAGCAAGCAACUCUCUAAUCUGUGGGGUCCAGCAGAGCAUUUCAGCACUUCUGAUAAGCGAAUGCUUCCAACCAAGGCUUUGGGAAACACCGAUGUACCUGACCAGUCUAAGCAGUUAAAGGGCCUCGGAGGACCGGCUCAGUUUUCAAGCAAGGCUGACGACAAGUGGCAGCCACUUUCGAAUACCUUCACUGCCACAUCGAGUGGUGCCAGUGGACAGAACCAGACCAUGAAGUACGAGCGACUUGGAGCCUCGGUGCAGUCCCCAAGCAGCACCGAAUACCAGACUGUGCCUUUCAGUAACAAGUCAUUGGGCGGUGCAGAAGGGGCCAGCAAAGCUCAGAAGCACUCGACACCGCUUUCAAGCAAUGCUGUUGAGCAUGGAAGACAAGCUGGUGUCAAGGCACUGAGCGUCAAUGGCCUGCCAGCAGAGAAGGAGCAGCCCAAAGUGCUUGAAAGUUCGGCUAAGUCGGGAAACAGCGCUUCUGACGACCAAGUGCCUAAGCGUACUUUGUCACCAAACCACAAGGUAUACAGUCGAGAAUUUCUCAUGCAGUGUUCGCGCUCGUCGUUGGCCACUCAGAUGCCACCGGACUUUCCGCUUCUGGAUCCAGAGGUUGCAAGUGCGAUGGUCAGGAAGGAUCGCAAGUAAUACACGCUGUAAGCAGAAACUACUCGGAGUGCUGUUUUCUUUGCUGGUAUUCUCAGCUGGUCACCUUCGACGAUAUUUUCACUUUCACUCGAUACGAGACUAGCACCAGACCUGUUCAUUGGCUACGGGCUGUCUGGCAUGCUGCCAGGUGUGCUAAAACAAUGUGCUAGAAAUGUCGC